AAGGUAAUGGUGUUUGUGCAUGCAAGAAAUGAAACAGUGCGUACAGCCUUCACCUUGAUAGACCUGGCCAAAAAUAGAGGGAAUAUUUCCUUGUUUGCAGCAGAACAAAGCAAGACUUUAGGGGAUGCACAAAGAGCUGUGAGUUCUUAAGCUUAAUGCAUGACGUUAUUGACUGUCCAUUAAUUAACAUCUUAAAAAUCAGAUCAAAGCAAAUCUGUCAUAUUUAACAAUGCAAACUUUGUUAAAAAUCAAGGCAAGUCUAUUAGUUACAAAAUAAAUAGUGUGGUAAUGAGCCUGUAAAACCUAAUGAAGGUUUUGCUUACAUUGUAACAGAAACCUAAUCUUUUCCUUCUGUAGAUAUCAAAAAGCCGCAAUAAGCAACUCCGAGAAAUGUUUGCUGAAGGUUUCGGCAUUCAUCACGCUGGGAUGCUGAGGCAGGACCGUAACCUUGUAGAACGUUACUUCUCUGAGGGUCACAUCAAGGUGCUGGUCUGCACGGCCACACUUGCCUGGGGUGUCAAUCUCCCUGCACAUGCAGUCAUCAUCAAGGUUGGUUGGAGAGUAUUUGGCAGCAGCAUUGCAUCAGAUCAUGAAGCGUUUCUAUACUAACCUUAACAUAUCAGUAAUGCACACCCUAAUGCUGUAAUUUUAUUUUAUUCUUCAGAAUAGAAAAAGAGACAGAACUUUGUCUUUUCAUUUGAAGAUGCCAUGCUCUUGGUUAUUUUAAAAUGAAUUUUUUUGUUAAACAGGGUACUCAAAUCUAUGAUGCAAAGAGGGGCUCCUUUGUGGACCUUGGCAUUCUGGAUGUUAUGCAAAUUUUUGGACGUGCAGGUCGGCCUCAGUUUGAUACGUUUGGACAUGGCACCAUC